CGCGGCGGCGCGCUCGGCGCGCUCCUGCGCGAUGCUGCUACACCGUCGCUCGCCGCCGACCUGCUGCGACGCGCGUAAUACGCGCGCCUUUCGCGAGAGUCCGCCGGCGACUUCGCGCCGGCCUCGUCAUGACCGCGUCUUGCGGCGAUGUCCCUCCUGCGCCGAAGCGGAUGCAGCCGCUCGCCGUCUAGGUGGACCGAGCCCCCGCUUGCGCCGCGCGUUUCUCUCGCCGGCUUGCCCGCACUCCUUCGCUUCUUACUCGAAGCCAUCAGCCGGCCCCUCCUCCGUCCAAGUGUUCCUCGCGCUAUUCCGCCGGCGUAGUCGCCUCUCCGUCCGUUUACAUCGUGGUGCGGCGGCGGACUUGCGCGCCUCGUCCAGCGGACAAGCUGCCAAAAAAAGUGACACCUGAAUCAUGCUGACAUCUGCCGUUCAUCGCCUUCCUUCAGGAUAACACCGCCCUUGAAGGCGCUUCAACGCAUCCCAAAGCCAUGGUACGCCUUCGCUACGCCACCAAGUCCUGCUUCGGACUGGUCCUCUCGCUGGCAGCGUUCGCCGCCUUUGUUCAGUUCCCGGAUCUGCUGCGCUCCACGUACCGCCUGUACCUGGAGCACGCCAAUGGACACUCCGUUACUGAGACCUUGGUCGGCGCGCCCGUGUUUCGCAGCAAGCAACAGCCCUCGCUGCGAACACUCGUCGCUCCCGGUGCCGCUUAUGCGCCUCGAAGUCGCCGUCCCGCUGCUAGCGAGGCAGCGGACGCGAUGAACAAGAAGAUCGAUGUGCAGAAACGGGGAGCUAAACCCUCCACCUUCCGCCUCAUCGCUCAGAAGGCGGAACAGAACAGGCGGGGCGCGGUCCUCCUGGAGGAGAGCCUGAGGAGACUGGACAGAGUCGCCGCCGCCUCCAAGAGAAGCAAGAAGGCGUCCAGACCAAAGCCGACGUGGCUGCCGCCGUACGAUCCUUCCAAGUACCGUUUCAUGCUCGAUCCGGAGCUGUGCUCCGGCAACGGCAGCGUCCACUUUCUCGUACUCGUCCAGUCGGCGGUCAAAAACUUCGAGCGACGCGCGCUCGUCAGGGACACCUGGGGGUCUGUGUGCCGGCGCAACGACUCCGCGGCUGGAGGCACGGCCCUGUGCCGCCUGGGCUUCGUGCUGGGCACGAGUCCGGACCCCGUGCUGGAGUACAGGCUCCGCGACGAGGCGAGCCGUCACGGUGACCUGGUGCAGUCCAACUUCAUGGACUCUUACUACAACCUGUCCCUGUCCACGGUGACGGGGCUACGCUGGGCGCAAGAGAACUGCAAGAGAUACGCGUACCUCGUGAAGGCCGAUGACGAUGCGUUCGUGAAUCUAGCCGCGCUCCGAGAGUACUUGGCCGCUGGGUCCCGGCGGCGCCGGAGGGCCAUCAUCGGCUACCUGAUGAAAGGGUUCCGACCCAACCGGAACCGGGCCAGCAAGUGGUUCACCUCGCCGCAGCUGUUCGCCAAGGCGCGACUGCCGGACUUCGUGAGCGGAUUCGCGUACGCUGUGACUCACGACGCCGUCGGCCCUCUGUACGCGGCCGCUCGGAUGACGCACAUGUUCCCAUUCGAGGACGUGUACGUGACGGGUAUGUGUCGCGAGAGGGCGCCCGUUGCAGCGGGCAGCGACGCGAUUGCACUGGAGGGCGCUGCCAGGUUCAAGAACCACCGGAAGAAGAACCGUGGAGGCACCGCGGCGAAGACGUUGUGCUCGCUGUACGGAAACGUCCUAGCGCAGCACGAACUGACGGCAGCCGAGACGCGGAAUCUCUGGGGGGACUUGACAGCUGGCAAGUGCAGCUAGCCUUGGGCUGCCUGGACUCCUGGCAAAUGCUUCGACACCGAGAAGGCAGAUUAUGCCUACUACGCUUCACACCGUCUACAACUGACGACUGCGCAAGGUUACAUAUCUGUGGCCGGGCACGAAACCUUGCAAGCUGACAGUCAUGAACUGCCUGGACUGACAAUGAUUGCACGGAGCCGACGACGCUUGCGUGAAAGAGAGGGGGAAAUAUAGAGUUGGAGGAAAGGCAGGGCUUAACCGGAUGAGUUUCCGGUUUGCUACCCUGAGCUGGCGUGGAGAAAUGAGGGUAGAAAAAGAGAGACAGAUUAAAGAAACAAUGACACAAGCACGCACGCACUGACACACCCACACAAACACACACACGCACCCCAAGAACGGCGCUCCCAUUGUAGACAUUGCGACAGGCCGGUGGACUGCAAAAAAUCCAGUGUGCUUGCGCGGACUUCUGAUGUGGUGAUAAGUUCCGUAGAUGCCGUAGGAUGCUUUCUUGAGACACAAGUGACGCUUUCGACGUUCAUUGCUAUACCUAGAAGAGCGGUGGCUACGCAGAGUGUACAGGUCGAGUGUCGUCAAGGAUGAAGUCUGGCAACUAACUGUACACAGCGAACUCCUGUGCGGACACGACACACAGCGGUCUUGAUAUUUCGCGCUCUACAAUGCCGGUUCCAGAGGCGGUGCACCUGCGACGUAAACUUCACACCUGGCAGCUGCAGGCGUUUUGGAUGCAAUUCCACUAAGCGUUUUAAAUACCGAUCGUUACUCUGCGUUCGAGCAUAGCUCGCAGACGUGACCGAAAUGGUGCUGUGCACCGUGUAUGACAUGUAAAUAAGUGCACUAAAACGAACUGGAAUAAUGUAAAUUAUAUACAUAUGUCGACCUAAAUGUUAUGGCGGAAACGUGUGCGGACCUGAAAUCACCCUGGCGUGGUCGAAACAGAGUCCGCAUCUGCACUCUGGUGCAGAACAGAGCAUGUUCUUUCGCGAAGUUGAAUGGCUGUGCAAGGGACAUUCGACACAAUUGGCGGCAGUGAGGUCGCUAGCCAUAUAAUAUGCAAUUUUAGCAUCGAGCAUUGCGAUUUCGUUUCGUUGCGAUAGCAAUAAUAUAGACACUCGAGGCGCAUUUCCGCCGCCGCCGUGAUGUUUCGUAUAAAGUGCAAGCAGCGGGUACCAAAGGUUGAGUGGGACGAGCAGCCGGAGCAGUGCGUGCUUUGCAGUGAAGUGCCAGACGACGAAACGUACCGUGGCGGCGCUGCAACCGGAGUGGAGUGGAUCGCGUCAAGGUCGCGCCGUUGGAAACAGCCGGCGAUUCUGCUCGGCGGGUAUCGUUCGCUCUGCUUCGCGCGCUGCUAUUGGCGAUCAGACCGCUCAAGUGGUGUUCCUAAUUACAUACGACGUGCAUUUAUGUCUUAAGAAUAAAUUCCUGUUGUUUAUUCUAUA